GGCCCGAGACCGCGGCCCUCCUCCCCGCGCUGGCCUCGUCACUGCGCCGCGGGACCGCCAUGCCCGGCCGCCUGCUGCGGGGCCUGUGGCAGCGAUGGCGCCGUUACAAGUACCGCUUCGUUCCCUGGAUCGCGCUGAACCUAAACCACAACCCCAGGACCCUCCGAUAUGUUCCAGAGGAAUCCAAAGACAAAGUUAUCUCAGAUGAAGAUGUCCUAGGAACAUUACUGAAAGUUUUCCAGGCUCUAUUCAUAAAUGAUCUCAAUAAGCAAUCAGAUAUCUUGACUAUGCUUCCAGAAACUGUUAAAUCAAACUAUCACGACCUACUGUCAGUUCAACAUCCAAGGGUGAAACUGCUUGAACACAGACAUCAACAGCAAAAUAACUUUAAGCCAGAAGAGAUUCUUUAUAAGACAUUGGGUUUCAGUGUUGCCCGAGCAACUAGCUCAUUGAUUUCUGCUGGAAAAGGUGUCUUCGUUACCAGAGGAUUGGUACCAAAAGGCGCGGUUGUAUCUAUGUAUCCUGGUACAGUAUAUCAGAAGUAUGAGCCAAUUUUUUUCCAAUCCAUUGGAAACCCAUUUAUUUUUAGAUGCCUGGAUGGGGUACUCAUUGAUGGAAAUGACAAAGGAAUAUCAAAAGUUGUAUACAGAUCUUGCAAUGGGAGGGAUCGACUUGGUCCCUUCAAAAUGAGUGAUAGUACUUGGCUAACAUCAGAAAUUUGUAACCCACUGGCUGUAGGGCAGUAUGUCAACAAUUGUUCAAAUGACAGAGCAGCUAAUGUCUGCUAUCAAGAAUUUGAUGUGCCUGCAGUUUUCCCUAUAGAGCUGAAGCAGUAUCUUCCAAACAUUGCCUACAGCUGUGACAAACAAAGUGAAUACCAUAAAAUGUACUUGAGCCACAGCAUCAGUGCUACUAUUCAUCACUAAUGACUGAGCUUCUUACAUCGUAAAGGCCGAGGGAAGAAAUCAGAAGUUUCGUGGGAAGUCACAGACGGUGUCAGGUCAUCCGCAGAAGACUGAGUUUCUUCAUCAUCACCCGACAACAGGUCUUUUGCUAUCUCCUCCUAUAAGAAUUAAGAACGCAGCACUAGAGUUAGAAGUUAUUACAUCUCAUUAAAAAAAGAAAUUAUACCUUACCAAUUUCAUCUUAGUCAUAAACAUAUUAUGUAUUACAAUACAAUUAAGAACUUGGUGAAGUCCCCUUAGUUUUGAAAGAAGUAAAUCUGAAAUGCUCCCAUAAUGUACAUAAAUAUUUUAAAACACUUAACAUUUAAUUAUAUAUAAUAUUUAAUAACUAUACUAUUAUACACUUAAAUAAUCUGCUUAACUUACAGAUAAGCAGAAAGCUUAUCUGAAC